AUGGCUAAUGAGAACGAACCUAGACAAGAAAUGUUGGAGGAGGUUGUAAACAGAAAGAAUAUCGGUGAUAAAAAAUUUCAUUCGGAAACUUCUUUGGAAAAAUUUGGAGAAAAUAUAGAAGAAGAAGAAGAAGUAACAUUCCGUACAAAAGAUCCGGGGAUUCUAAAUUCCUCGGUGAAUGCAUCAUCAUCAUCGCCCGAUGAAGACAACCCAGGGCGUCGGCGGACCAUGUCUCAACCUGGACCAGUAGCAGGCAACUUACUAACCGCUGCCGCAGGCAGACGGCGACGACCCGCGCGCAGCGUUAUGUACGCAGAUUUGGAUAGAACAGACUCUGAGGACAGAUUGCCGAAGUUAAUUCUCAAUAAACGUGACGAAUAUUCCUAUCCCAUGCCCAUGCCUACGCCUUUGCCUAUGACUGACAACCCUCCGAGUCCAUUCUUUUCCAGUAAUUACAGAAAUGGAGAUAUUAAAUCAAUGAAUGGUUAUCGUUUACAACCACCGUCACCAUUCGACAUGCGAGGCGGAACGACACCACGUAAGAGAUCAGUGGUCACCAUGGAUGCCCAAUCUAUUCGAUCCGUGGAAACUCAAGCGCCGCCCCCGACCAGUCCAGAAGAAAAUGCUCGUCUUUCCUGUAAAUACUUCACAUUACUGUCGAGCUGUAUGUACGCAGUUUUAUUAGUAACCCUUGGACUUAUAUUCUAUGUAGCAGAUCCAUUCGUGGAUGUAGAGUUAUCAUCGACAUACUCACUUGUACUACUUGCAAUUGGUUUUUUGUACCAUUUGUAUUUAUUCAUCGACAUUGGAAGAUACAAGACUAUUGCACUUAAAAAUGAAAAAAUCAAAGGAAUUCACAAUAAAAAGUUACAAGAUUUCUUUAGAAAACAAGAGGAAGAUUUCAGUAACAAUAACAAUACAGGCGAUCGCACGCCACAAAGUAUCAAAUCUCAAGCGCUGCCUCCUGCAGUAUUAAUCCCUCUACGACACGACUAUUGUUUCAGUUACGGACGGCAUUCGGGCAGCUUUUACCUUAAACUGGGAGCUGCUGCUUUUGCAUUGGGCCACUUGAUACACUCAGUCCUACUCAUAGCUGUGCAAGUUAGUUAUUACUUCGACGAAAAUAUCGACAAUGAAAUCUGUAUUAAUAUUAUGUCAGUGGUACUGGACAUUUGCAGCCCACUUUACUGUUUCUUACAGCUAUUCUUCAUAUUUAAAUACUCGAACAUUCAUGUGAUGAAAGCGCAGGGUCUGGCACAUUUCGGUUUUAUGCACAUGAUUGGAAGCAGUCUCUGUUUUUGGAUAAUGACAAUUAUUCGUGAAACCGUCCUUGCCUUAACUUUAUAUGCUAACACUGUGUACGGUAAUCGGACAACAGAAAAUGAAACCACAAGCUUCUCAUACAAUACAACUAAACCAUUAAUAGACGUUAGUGAUCUUUAUAACGAGAGAUGUCUAGGGGCACCGGCUAUCACAUCAAUCAUAGACAACUUUUCACCUUAUUUAUAUCCAUUUGCAGUUGAAUUCAACAUACUUAUUGUUGCGGUUUACUACAUAAUCUGGAGCCAUAUUGGAACCUGUUUUAACGAGGACUCUGAGAGUACAACCGGUUCAGAAGACAAUCAAACAAUAUGCAAAAUUCCAACAGCAAGUGAAGACAACGACUACACGAGCAACAUCGUUAUAUAUGCCGACUGUCACGCUUCGAACAAAGGUCUCUUCUUAGGUAUUAUAUUAACUGUCAUCAUGGCCGGAGUGCUGAUACUUGGAUUCGUAUUCAGCAGUGUUGGCGGAGAGUUCUUAGAACUAGGUUACAUCAUCAAUUACUACGCGAGGUUAGGUCUACACUCACUUAUGCUUAUAGCUGUUGUAAUCGCUUACAAUCAGACUAGGAAGCUGGAUAUUAAUGAGCAUCCUAUCUCACUAUUGGAUGACAUAUUGCUGUUUAUCUGUCUACCAGCAUUCUUUAUGGAAACUGUCUUCUCAGUGGUGGCCACUGUUAGUGUUUCGAAUAUAGUGAGAUCGAUUGAUUUUGUUAUUAUGGUUAUUCAAGUAAUCUUACAGACUCCCCUGCUGGUCGAUGGUCUACGUCGUUGUAGUAAUACAAGAAAACUAAGACGCACUAAACCAGGCCGAGAAGUUUUAAUGUUCCUUCUAAUAGCCAAUGUAGCUAUGUGGAUCUUUUACACGUUCUCUUAUAAGUCGCCAGAGAGUCUUGACGAGAGAUAUGAGUACUACGGCAAAGUUCUAUGGAGUGUCUUAGGUCACAUCAGUUUGCCGUUAAUGAUGUUCUACAGAUUCCACUCCAGUGUCUGCUUUGCUGAUAUGUGGGAUGCUGCUUAUAAACCUGGCUCCGAUCACUAA